AUGAGAGCUGUGGCAGCUGCGGCGAAGCAGCCAGAGACCGCUGGCAUAACACUAGACCUGUGCGAAUGGCUUCAUGACGCUGAUAAAGGAAUUGAGCAACUUGGCCUGAAAUCUGUACCAGAUCUCGAGUCAGAGAAUAAAGGGAUGGUUCGCGUGAUAAUUGCGCCUCGCGACACACCAACACCGGGAGCAGAUGCGCUGGUAGAGCUUUUCAAUUCAUGCGGUAUUCCGAGCGCGUUUGUAGACGAGAGCCUGCGAGACGUUUCUCAAUCUUUUGCAGCGCGCGAAGACGCCGAUGGCACGACGUGGAUCUGGUUCCACCUCUUGUGUAAAACGUUAGCAGUGAUCGAUAACAAGAUCGCCCCGGGCCCAGGUUUCGUGGAGGCUGAGGGCAAAGAAGCUAAGAGUCGACAGGCGGCGCGAGCUCAAAGCCAGGCGAACUUUUCCUGGAUCAAGACAGGCAUCGUGUUGAAGAUCCGGAAACAAUCAGACGACCCGCCUCCGCCUGUACGAACAUCGAGUUCUGACAGCGAUAAGACGUUGGCUCCUACCCCGACCAAAGCCGCGGUAGAGCUGAUAUGUUUCGGCGCACCCAGUACCCUACGGGACCGAAUUCGGGCACUGACGAAGACGACAUCGUGCGAGGCAUUGCUGGAAGAUCCGCAUAUGCUGCUCGACCUCGUGUUCGAGGAGAUGUACAAGCUCCUGGACUGGACAGCCUGGGCUGUGUCGGAUACGUUCGGGCCUUUGGAGACGCAAACCUUAGGGAUAGCCAGUAGGGUUGGAAAAGCGACAGAGGAACUGCCGAAGGACCUCUUCACUGGGCUUCACAACCUGGCCAAGCAUGCCAUAUAUCUCCACGAGAACUGUGAAGCAGCAUUAGCCACACUAAACGAUCUGUAUACCCAUCAUACAGCGCUGAUGGGCACUGAUCCAAAUACCUUACAGAGACAAACCAAAGAAGCACUCAAAUAUCGACAGACUCUAUUCGAAUCGACGCAGCGACGGCUGACAAGUCUCAAUGCGCGGAUCUCGAACAUCAUCGGCUUGUCGUUCAACAUCGUCACGCAGGGCGAUAGCAAGUUGAUGCAGUCGGAGAACCAGAGUAUGAAGACAAUCGCCGUCAUGACGCUAUGGUUCAUGCCGCUAGGCACGGUAGCUUCCAUCUUCGGUAGCCAGUUCAUGAAGCUGCAGGAUGAGUGGCCGCAUCAUAUUACCGUCUCGCAGGACUUUUGGCUGAUGUGGGGUAUGUGA